CUUUAUUACAGUAAAACGGCCGUGGCUUUUUGAAAGUAUGACUGAAGCAACAGUCUGCGAUGUGGAGGAGGAAGAUCCACCCACAGAUCUGAUUACUGACUGAGAGCUCCGAACAGGACUGUACCUCAAACCCCGGGGCGAUGGGUUUUGUUUUUGCUGCCAGCAUGAAAUAAACCUUUGCCAAAAACAACAGAUAGCCUAUAGAUUUUAUUUUGGGAGAUGGGCAGCACCGCAAUGGAUUCUAAGAAGAAAGAUGAGAAGAAAUUUUCAAGAAAGAAGAAAAGCCUAAGGAUAAAUAUGCCGGAUUUGAGCUCCUUUGCAAUGCCGUUUCUGGAAGGAGAUGCUGAACCUUCGAACAAGGACAGCAUACGCAAGGGGGAGCUCAGCUGUCGAUCAGCCAGCCCGACCAAAAGCUUCUUUAGCCGGGUGCCGUUUAGCCGACCAUCUAGCCCCAUGUCUGCCCCGCCCCGGACCAGAAACAGCCCUGGAUCUCCUAAAUCCAUCUUCCCCUACCCUUCCAACCAUGAUGCCUCGCCCAAAUGUUCACGUCGCUACAGUUUCACCGGAAUGUUUCACCGUUCCUCUCCCAAGGACUCCACGAAUCCCUCAACCUCUCCUGUCAGCAUCAAACUCUUCUCUCGCUCCAGGAAAGCCUCUGGGAUCUCCUCAUCACCCACCACUCCAACACAACUGACCAAGCAGACUCCAUUAUUUCAUGUGGAAGUCAGUCAAAAUGACACAGUUCCCCGUUCCUUAUCGUCCCCCCUUGAUACCAGACGGCACCAGAGCCCACCUGUUACAAAGCCACCAACUAGUCCCUGCUCAGCACCUAUCUCUACCUCACGUGCGGUUCACGGUUUAUCUGAAGACAUGCUGGAGAAGCUCGAUCUCGAGGAUGAAGCUGUUGAACAAUCCGAGAGUGACAUUUAUAUGCGAUUCAUGAAGUCACAUAAGUGCUAUGACAUCGUCCCUACCAGCUCCAAGCUAGUGGUCUUUGACACAACGCUGCAGGUUAAAAAGGCGUUUUUUGCUCUGGUGGCCAAUGGGGUACGAGCUGCCCCCCUGUGGGAAACCAAGAAACAAAGUUUUGUGGGCAUGCUAACCAUCACAGACUUCAUCAACAUACUUCACAGAUACUACAAAUCACCCAUGGUACAAAUCUAUGAGCUUGAAGAGCAUAAGAUUGAAACAUGGAGAGAGCUUUAUCUACAAGAAACAUUUAAACCUUUAGUUAACAUAUCUCCGGAUGCAAGCAUAUUUGAUGCCGUGUAUUCACUGAUCAAAAACAAGAUCCACCGGCUGCCCGUCGUCGACCCCGUUAGUGGGAAUGCACUUUACAUUUUGACGCACAAGAGGAUCCUUAAAUUCCUCCAGCUGUUUGUGUGUGAGAUGCCAAAGCCUGCCUUUAUGAAGCAGACGCUGGAAGAGCUAAGCAUCGGGACCUACAGCGACAUCGCCUUUAUUCACCCCGACACGCCAAUCAUCAAAGCGCUCAACAUCUUUGUGGAGAGGAGGGUGUCCGCUCUGCCCGUGGUAGAUGAGUCGGGAAAAGUUGUUGAUAUUUAUUCCAAAUUUGAUGUCAUUAAUCUUGCUGCUGAAAAGACGUACAAUAAUCUGGACAUCAGCGUGACCCAGGCGCUCAAGCACAGGUCCCAGUACUUCGAAGGGGUCAUGAAGUGCAACAGAUUGGAGACGUUGGAGACGAUAGUAGAUAGGAUAGUCAAGGCUGAGGUGCACAGACUGGUUGUUGUGGAUGAGAACGGCAGCAUUGUGGGCAUCGUCUCUUUGUCGGAUAUCCUCCAGGCACUCGUUCUCAACCCGGCAGGUAUGAACAGGAAGGACAGUGAAGCAGAGACCGAGUGACGUUUGCCGAGAUGGCCGGGUCAUGUGACAUCGCUUACUGAGACGGGUGUAGGAGUUAGCGGAGGCACACUGGAGGUCUUUAAAGAUGUGUUGGCCGCAUGUAAAGAUGGAAGGAAUGGAUCCAAGAAACUGGGGCUUGACCUUAAUGUGCGCUAAUGGAGGGCAAGAGAAGGUUUAAAAGUUAGUUAGAGAUUGGUUAAGAGACAGGAUGAACGUAUAGAGCAAAAAGGUGGAUCAUCUUCUCAUUCAGAAGAGUACUGUGAGUUUUGCCUCUUGUAUCACACUAAGCUUCUGCACGUACUCUAUGAUAAAGUAUCAUUUUAGUUAGAUCUACAACUACGCCACCUGGUGUCAAAACAGUGCAGUGGCCUGCACACAGACAUUGGGCUGGACCGUAAUGGCCUCUUUGGGCAAUGGGGGGGUGUUUGUGAGGUGCAGGUCAUUCAGUAAUAAUCUCAGUAUUCAAUGCAUGUUAUGACGUUUAUUCCUCAUGUAUAUAUGAUUUUCUUGUGUAUUUGUAUGUUCGAUUAUUCCUGUUUUAGGAAUAACAACCCCCCACAAUCCUCUUUAUAUAUGAUAUUUCUCUAAACGCAGACAGAAAUGCUUAACGCUUUCAUAUCUGUCUAUGGUGCCUUCUGUCUCCUAGUUAUUAUCGGCCACGACCGGUUGCCAAUAGAACAAAAUGAAUAAUUGAAUGUUUGAAAAUGUAAAAGUGAAUGAAUGUUAGACUUGAUAAAAAUCAAAUGCCCCUCCUACCUUUGGCUGUUUUGGUGGGUGUCACAUAUUUUAUUUAUUGCAUAGCUCUAAAGGUUUGGGUGUUCAUAAAUAUCUUGAUGUUUUGGAAAUGAUGCUGUAAAUGAUAAUUGAAAUGUUUAUUUAUUUAUAUUUAACACUUAAUUUUAAAAGUAAUAUUUAAGGUUGAACUAUUAAGCCCCCUAUGCAGUAAAACCAGUAAAAAUGCGAGUUAAACUUAAAAGCCCACAUUUGUUUUGUAUGGUAUGGAACAGAUUUUAUGUUUAUUGUAUCGAUUGUACUGUACACGCAAGGUAAAAUUGUUUUGAAAAACUACAAGUGCCAGAGAAAGGUCUAUUUUUUAAUGUUGUUUGGAAUAUGUCAGAUUUUGUUUGGGUUCUUGUCAUUCAUGUUGUUGACACUGUCAUAAUUAUCAAUAGGUAAAUGCACAUUAUUGGCAGAAGAAUAUGCUGUAGGAUAAUCAUGUCAUAAAGAUUCAUUUUUAUUUUACAGUUGAAUAAAAAAAUUAAAUGAG